AUAGGCAAUGAACCAAUGGUGGUCUUGGUUGGAUAUGAUUGUGUGAAAGAAGCAUUGGUGGAUCAUGGUGACGUGUUCAGUACAAGAGGGAACACUUUCUUUGCGAAGGCGAUGUUAAAAGACUAUGGAAUAGUUUUGAGCAAUGGGGAACGCUGGCAACAGCUACGCCGCUUCUCAUUGACAACCCUGAGGAAUUUUGGCAUGGGAAAAAAAGGAAUUGCAGAGCGGAUCCAGGAAGAGGCCAAUUUCCUGGUUGAUGAAUUUAAGAAAAAUGGAGAAAACAUGUUUGAACCAACGGAUCUGCUGCGUUUGGCAGUCUCAAACGUCAUCUGCUCUAUUGUGUUUGGAGAACGCUUUGACUAUGAAGAUGAAAAGUUCACAAAUCUUUUAUUCUUGCUGAGGGAAAUUGUAGACACCAUUGCCUCUAAAUGGGGCAUUCUGUUAAAUCUAUUUCCCAAAACAUCAUUGUACAUCCCUGGAGGCCACCAGAAAAUUUUCACAAACUAUAGGAAAGUGAAAGAAUUUAUAAUGGGUAUUAUAGAUCAUCAUAAGAAGACUAUUGAUAUGAACUGCCCACGGGACUUCAUUGACAGCUUUCUCAUAAAGAUGGAAGAGACACAGGAGAAGGACAACCCGAAUUCUCAAUUCCACUUUGAUAAUUUAUUUGGAACAGUUAUUGAUCUCUUCUUUGCUGGGACAGAAACUACGAGCACAACUCUAAAGUACAGUUUACUUAUUCUGCUUAAAUACCCUGAAGUGGAACGGAAAGUCCACGAGGAGAUCGACCAUGUAAUUGGCCAGAGCCGGAGUCCCUCAGUAGAGGAUCGUGUAAAAAUGCCAUACACAGAUGCGGUCAUCCAUGAAAUUCAGCGGGUGGCUGACAUAACACCUCUAGCACUGCCUCAUAGUGUCAGUCAGGAUGUCACGUUUCGAGGAUAUAACAUUCCUAAGGGCACACUUGUCUUCCCUAUGCUGACAUCCGUCUUGAAGGACCCCAAAUACUUUAGGAACCCUCAGAAGUUUGACCCUGCACACUUUUUGAAUGAUAAUGGUGGCUUGAAGAAGAAUGAUGCUUUCCUGCCUUUCUCAUUGGGUAAGAGAAGUUGCAUCGGAGAGGGUCUGGCGCGGAUGGAAAUUUUUCUCUUCAUAACCACCCUAUUACAGAGGUUAAACUUGAAAUCAACCGUGUCCCCCGCAGAGCUAGAAAUAUCCCCGGAGCCUAACAAGAACGGAGCAAUAGCCAGAACAUACCAACUGUUUAUGACUUCAAGAUGA